AUUUUGCAGAAGUCACUGAUGUUGCCGCCACCCGGUCAUUUUGGGUCAAGUUCCCGCCGUUGUAUCUCGUUGUUCAUCUCAAGAGAAGCAUUACAUUCACAAAGCCAGCAAUACUACAAUACAAGUAAUACUACAGAACCAGAUAGUCUGCAGGAAUAGUGUGAGCAGUGUACUAAUAUUGACCACUUCAACAAUAAUACAUCCUAAGUGUCUUCACUUGUAUCAUAAAGCUCACUUUAUUAUUCUGGCAGUUACAUCCAUAUCCUCAACAUCCAGUGGUCAUUAGUUUCUUACUGUACUUGUAGUACUGUACAUGCAUCCACAUCCUCAUCCUUAUCAUCCAGUGUGCUCUGCUUAAUGUAUACACUCACACAUCCACAUCCUCAUCAUCCAGUGUGCUGUUAUUAGCGUACAUGUCUAUUUUGAUACUGUGCUGCUGAUUUUCAAAAGAUUCUAUUGAGAAAAUAAAUGUUGAUAAUGUGUAAAAACUUGUAAUCACAUUUGUUUCUACUAUUGUCAACUUUAUGCUGUCUUUUAUCUUCUUUAUCAAAAUAAGGAGAUGAAUAUUUUUAAUAUUGUAUAUACUAAUGGAAUUAGGAACUAUAUUUCGAGCUGGAUAAACACAAUAAUUGCCAGUAAUAUGAAGUCUUUUGAAUGGAAAUUAUUGAAGUUUUAUUAAUGAAUGUUUUUAUUUAAUUUCCAAAUUUAUUAUCUCCUUCAUAAACAAUAACGACCUAUCAUUAGUGUAUUAUGAACUCAGAGAUAAUGUUCACUACAGCUAUAAUGUAUUCUAAUCUCUUCCAUUAAACACAAAAUUUUUUGUGGGAGAAACUAGUUUAAAAAUAUUAAUGUCGAUAAUUUGGUGGGAGAGACAUGAACGUGCAUUGCUGAGAUACAUUUUAGGCUCCUCCUGACAGAUACACAUAGAUCUUCAUACAUCUCUAACCUUCAUAUUUUCCACAUCAGCUAAGUCAUACACUGGCAAUGUAAAUCAUAUAGUGGCCAUUUUAUAUUAAUAUAUAUAGUUCAUAGGCAGCCCAGAGGUAACAAAGGGGUUCCUGGUAGUAUAUACAGAACAUUGUAACCCAAAACUACUGCUACAUAGUUUUAACCUUGUACUAAUUUUAUUUGUGACAUUUUACUUAAUCAUAACAGGAAGUUAAUUUCUUACCCAGUAUUAAUCCCAUAUAUUUGUUAAACAUUACAGCAAGUUUAUAUUUUGUCUUAAGUUUUAACAUCAUUUCAAUACAAGUCUAGUGAUAAUUAUUUUUCAAAUCUAAAAUUAGUACAUUGAUAUCCCCAUGAAUACUGUGCUAACUUGUUGCUGCUAAAUUGUAACCUCAAUCAUUCACAUGUUCUAAUGUAUUUUAAAUUUAAGCAUCUACAAUUAUUUGAAUUUAUGCAUUUAUGAGCAACUAUCAUGUUCAUAUAGUACCUUAUUUAUUGAUAUAAUUAAUGGAUGUUAAAUCCCUGUAGCUAAUUGAAGCUUCAGUUAUAAAACUGGUACUUUCUCUAGACUUAGUUUUGGAACAAUAAUGUGGCACUGAGCAGCUUUUAGGGUACUAAGAACUAGCACUCCUGAGCAGCUUUUAGGGUACUAAGAACUAGCACUCCUGAGCAGCUUUUAGGGUACUAAGAACUAGCACUCCUGAGCAGCUUUUAGGGUACUAAGAACUAGCACUCCUGAGCAGCUUUUAGGGUACUAAGAACUAGCACUCCUGAGCUGCAACUGGAGAGAUUGUGUGGAGAAUUAGUAUAUUGAGGACACUAACUGCAUCCUCAUAUAUAGUGUUCAACUUCAAGCUCAGAUCAGAACCAAAAAGAUUCUUCAGUUAUUUCAGAAUGCACAUGCUUAAAUCAUUCAGCAAAAAAUAAAAUUCAGUAUUCUGUAUCUAUAUGACUGAGAUGAAUAGCAUCAUGGAACACACAAGUGUCCCCUCUGGGCAAGAACUUAAUCAGUGUUCAUUGUGUUUAAAAUUAUUUAAAUUUAAGGCUCAUCUUGUACUACACUUGAAAAGUCAUUCAGUAGGAAAACCAUAUCAAUGUUCAAUGUGUCUAAAGGACUUUUUGCAAAAAUCAGAUUUAAUAAAUCACAUGAGAGCUCAUACACAGGAAAAACCAUAUCAGUGUUCAGUGUGUCAAAAAGAGGUUUCACGAAAAUCACACUUAAUAAGUCACAUGAGAGCCCAUACACAGGAAAAACCAUAUCAGUGUUCAGAGUGUCUAAAAGACUUUAAACACAAAAUUUCACUAACACUUCACCAGCAGAGAGUUCAUAAACAAGAAAACCCAUACCAGUGUUCAGAGUGUCCAAAAGGGUUUUCUGGGAAGUCAGAUCUAAUAAAACACAUGAGAGUUCAUACUAAAGAAAAGCCAUAUCAGUGUUCAGAGUGUCUAAAAGAUUUUUCACAAAAAUCAAAUCUACAAGUGCACAUGAGAGUUCAUACUCGAGAAAAAGCAUAUCAGUGUUCAGAGUGUCUAAAAGACUUUUCAGGAAAAUCAGAUCUAAUAAAGCACACCAGAGUUCAUACUCAAAAAAAACCAUAUCAGUGUUCAGAGUGUCUAAAACACUUCUCACAAAAGUCAAAUCUGAUAAGACACAUGAGAGUUCAUACACAUGAAAAACCAUAUCAAUGUUUGGAGUGUCUAAAAGAAUUUUCGCAAAAAACGUGUUUAAUACAGCACAUGAAUAUUCAUUCACAUAAAAAGGCAUAUCAGUGUUCAGUUUGUUUAAAAGAUUUUUCACAGAAACCAUCUCUAAUAAGACACAUGAAAGUUCAUACACGUGAAAAAUCAAAUCAGUGUUCCUAGUAUCUAAAAGACGUUUCAUUAAAAGCAGACCCAGUAUGACAUAGGAGAGCUCAUUCAGUAGAAAGAGCAUAAUAUUUUUGAGUGUUUACAAUCAGAACUUUGAAGUGCUUCUGGAGACCAUUUCAUUCAUGGAUUGAAUGUCUUAUGAGCUAAAAAACAAGCACAACCCUCUUGGAUCCAAUCUGAUUGCCUUCCAUUUCUCAGGCUUUGUAUUCUGUGAGUUCUGAGGAUCAAUAAUCCUAUGUCAUAGUCUCUCAAAUGGUAUCUUCAUUGGAUUCUUCAUCAGUCUGUUACAGUGGAACUAACAUGAAACAGACUAAUGGGGAAGGAAGGGUGUCCUCUUUAUGGAUAAUGAGAUAUAUUGUAAGUCUCAUGGAAAUGGACGUCUGCUAUAUUGAUGGGCUACCAAACACACUAAGAAUGAACUAAGGGUAGGUUUUUACAAUAUACUGCAUGAAUUACAUUACAGUAUAGCUGUACCUGAAAAGCAGAGUUGAAAGUACAGUACAGUAUAGUGCAUACAGUAAUUUUUCUUACCUUUUCUGGUGUGUAGAUGAACUUAAAAAUGUACAGAACAGUAGGGCUUCACUGGCUAGGUUCCAGGCUAAUGCCAGAAAGCAGAGCACCAUUUUUUCCACUUAUAAAUGCAUAUAAAUGCCAGAUAACAAGUUUACACUAACAUAUAUUAAGUUAGGUAUUAAGUCAUGUAGUAGGUUGGUAGACAGUAGCCACCCAGGGAGGUACUACCGUCCUGCCAGAUGACUGAAACAGAAACCUGUAACUGUUUUACAUGAUGGUAGGAUUGCUGGUGUCUUUUUCUGUCUCAUAAGCAUGCUGGAUAACAGGUAUAUCGUGUUACUUCUACUGAAACUUAGGUCACACUACACAGGCAUGCACAUGCAUAUACAUGUAUAUAUAUACAUACAUCUAGGGUUUUUCUUCUUUUUCUUAAUAGCUAGCUCUAGCUCUAGCUUCUCUCUCUCUCUCUCUCUCUCUCUCUACUUCUCUCUCUCUCUCUCUCUCUCUCUCUCUCUCUCUCUCUCUCUCUCUCUCUCUCUCUCUCUCU